AUGAGUGACGCUGACGAUCAGUACAAUUCAGAGAUGACGCUCGACUCUGAGUCAAUGCCUACCCCUGAAGGUGUAACAACCGCAGAGAUCACGGCAAUAAAGGGGACAGGACAGGUGAGUGGCCCGUCUUCAACAAAAUCCCCUGCGCCCACAAAGGGGCUAAAGAUGUUAAGGGUACACAUGCGAGGUAACGUGAAGCCCUGAAAAUGGUUACUGACUUAGAACGGGCUAAACAGGUUUGUAAAGCGCCCUUAAUUUUCAUCGAUCAAGGAGAAAGAAUAUAUUACAAAGUACAAAUUAUAUACUUGGAAGAAUGACAUUGGGAUACAGAGAAAUGUUAGAUGGCACAAACGGUGAUAAGCUACACUAAAGGCAUUAUCCGCCUGGAUGGGGAGGUGACGCUAACAUGGCUGCCAUAUAAUUUAUGGCGAUAGAGGCGCUUGGGGUUAUGGCAGGGCAGGGUCGUGGAAAGGGCCGACAUGGAAUGGGAUAAGCACUACGGCGAACGGCAAAAAAACUGCGGGAAGGAUGUUUGGCUCUUAUGUAGUAACAAGAUACCGGCUAUUUUUACCCAGACGCUGUUACAGCAUCUCCAUCGUGAAUCUAUGAUGAGAGAGAGAUUACCACAUUAAAACAACUCAGUUCAAUUCAAUGGGCGUUACACUCACAUCUAUCUACCAUCCCGGUGGUUAGUAUGACAAUGGAAAAAAAUUUGGCUGAGGGAUAUGUCCGAACGUAGUCUCUCACUUCCGAAAAACUACAUAGACCUUAUUGCUCUAAGCUCUGUCCUACCCCGAUCGCUUACCACAAUCCCUAAGACAGGACCUUUCUAUCAACCCCCGAAAUUUAUAGUGCGAAAGCUAUGCUGGGAAUGCCCGCAUUUCCACGAAGUGUCAGUCCCACUGAAGAGCACGUGUCUGCGCCUCCCACGCCCUAUGCCAUGAAACUGUUCUCCACUGCUUGGCACAUUGGCUGUGGCCACAGUGCUCCCGUCAGAUACGGUUGGUCCGUGACUACGAAAAACCGCUGGGUUCUUCUAAAACUUUCUCCAUAGGCGGAUAGGACAGAACAUUAGCCAACAUUAACGGGAUAGUAUAAAUGUACGCAGCUUUUCCGUGGCAUUGACUUGCAGGUUCUACUGCACUUUCUCGUACCCGAUCAUGUUCUCUUCCUCUGCAGUGUUGGUGUUGGGGACAACAGUCAAGUUCGCGUAUUCUUCAUGCGAUUUCUGAGUACCGAGCAGGGUCAUAACAAGCCUGACCUUACUAAACCCACUUUUCCACAUGAAAAGUAGCUCUUGUUUAGUGCACUUCCUCGAAAAGUGUACGAUCAGUGAAAUCUCAUCUUAAGUGUCACUCCGCGACAAGUGGUCUCAGUCGCCCCACAGCCUCACUUAAACUUAAAUACGCAGUAAGAUUCAACAUAGUGGUUUUGUGUGGAACCUUGGUUAGUUAGUUAUGAUGUUGUGUCUUUCCUUUCAUUCUUUUAUACUCCUAAUUCCACACCUAACAAUCCAAUGUCCGCGAUUACGAUGUCACAUAUUUUCAUCGUUAUCCGCGUCGGGAGACAGUCAUUCCAAGCUUUCUGUGCACUUUUAGUCAUUGAGCAGCUUGAUUUUGUAUUUGUAGACGCAAACAAUAAACCCUUUUGCACUGUUGUCUUAGUGCCUUAUGGAAGAUCAAGAAUAAAAUUUACUAUAUGCCAGGCCCCUGCCAAAUAAAAGGACUUAUUUUCUCACUCUUGCAUUUUCAUACUGUAUAGGCACUAUUGUUUGCGAAUGAGGCUUUGAUAAUGCAUUGUGCAGCUGACUCCGGACAUUCACUUGUUAAACCUGACAAUGCGAGGUUUGUUUUAAUUUGUUGCCUUUGCUCUGUGGGCGCGUGUCAGCGUGCGGCAGUCGGCAUGGCCUGUGCCUGGACGUCUGUUGGCUGUCCUUCCAGGGGUGGAUGUUCUUGUCUGUGGUUUGUCAACCCUGGAAGUCGACGUAGCAGACAGUGGUAAGUUCCGCUAUGAUGAUACACUUGCCCUCUAUGACUUUUGAUAUGUCUUCUUUUGAUGUCUGAGAUGAUGUUUUUUAAAUCGCGUCUUGCUUUUAGUUUCUAGUUCCACUGAGCUCCGGAGUGGUAAGUCUGUGAUUACAUUCUCUUGGCUGUCUUACUAUCCUGCUGAGCUUUGCUAUAUGAUGUUUACCUGGACCACCUCUAGGACUGUCUUUUCACCUCUGACAGUUCACUGCAGUCCGUCGACGUCGCGGAAAGUCGCCAAGCGCCUGCGCUGUGGUAGUCGACUGGAGGAUGGGAUAAUGGCCAUUUGUAAGUUUGUGAUGAUAAAUUUGCUGCUAUGAUUAUACUCCCCGUGUCUGCGGCUAAGGUAGUCAUUCGGAAAUUCCCUUUCAUAUUUACAGAAAAUUAUGCGUUCACGGGAGAACCUACGCACACCCCCCACGGCCGUAAUGAUUCGGGGAGAAUCGCUCUAGCGUUCUUCAUUCCGUACGUUGGAAUGAUUUUUACCCUCUUGCUUUCUUAUUUAGUGCUGAAGCCGUUUUAUGACCAUGUUCUAUGCUGUCCUAACUGUUUUGCAAUUCUAGGCGGUCGUGCUUUCGAAGGCGUCGGACCGGCUACUCCUUGCGAGUCCUCUGCUUGUACAAUCCCGGCAUCGUUUUUGUAA